GAAUGGAGGGAGAGGGAGAGAGACAGAGAGAGACAGAGAUAGCAGCAGAUGGAUUGCUGCAGACUGACGAAGGGUUGAGUGUAUAUGUGACAGUGGGAGUGUGUGGAUAACAGAGAAGUGUGUGUGUGUGUGUGUGUGUGUGAUUGUGUGUGUGUGUGUGUAUGUAGGAUCAUGGUUGUGAAUGAGUGGGUGUCUUUCAUGUGCUCUGGUACUGGAUGCAGAGAGCAAUAAUCCUCCUGAGGAAAAGGACAGAGAGUGAACAGGAAGCUGAACACGCUCCACACUAAAGCUGCCUUCAGUGCAGGUGCAAGCUCAGCAAACUGCACUGAGACUAUCAGGAGUUUCUCCAUGAAUGCUGGAGACUGCAGAAGGACACCUUGGUCCCAUCUUGCUUUUACUUUUGCCUGAGAGGACAAGUUUGUCUCCAUCAGCAGCCAGGACUAUUUGCAGCUUGCACCUUUGGGAGCACGAGAAGACGCCAUAGAGAAGAUUCUCUAUGAUGAAGAUGAGUCUGGACCCGGUGCAGGUGAUGAGCGGACAGGUCAAGGAGCUCAGGGUUGCCCCCUCUUCCAACGGGGACAGCAGAGGAUCAUGGAAGGAGAAGGAAGUGUUUGACCAGGAUAACUUGGGCCUCAGCACCAAGCCAAAACCAGUGACAGGGAGACGAACCCGGAAGGUGGAGGGAGGCGUGUUCUUCCCGAAGCCAGAGAACGCGGUGACUAUUGCUGUCUCCUCUCGUGUCAUGUUUCGGACUGAGCGUGAGCAGAAGGUGUUUGAGCAGAAAGGAGUGGAGGAGUAUCUGAGAUACCAGAUCGAGCACGAGAACGAACCCUUCGCCCCUGGGCCUGCCUUCCCAUUUGUCAAAGCUCUGGAGACAGUCAACGCUCGUCUGCGGGAGCUGUACCCAGAAAGUGAAGAACUGUUCGACAUUGUUUUGGUGACAUACAACCACGCACAUGUAGGAAUUCGACUCAUCAACACAAUCAACCAUCACAACUUGUUCAUCGAGAGGUUUUGUAUGACGGGGGGAAGCAGUCCUAUCGGCUACCUGAAGGCCUGGCAAACCAACCUCUACCUGUCCGCUGACGCCGACAAGGUCCGGGAGGCACUGGCUGAAGGCAUCGCGGCAGCCACCAUGUUCAUGCCAGAUAAGCUGACGGAGGUAUCGGAGUCCCAGCUGAGGGUGGCGUUUGACGGUGACGCCGUCCUCUUCUCUGAUGAGUCAGAGCGCAUCUUCAAGGCCCAUGGGCUGGACAAGUUCUUCGAGCACGAGAGGGAGAAUGAGGACACGCUGUUGGAACAUGGUCCCCUGAAGGGCUUUCUGGAGGCACUGGGGAAGCUCCAAAAAAAGUUUUACGCCAAAGGCCAACGCUUGUCCUGCCCCAUCCGGACCUUCCUGGUGACGGCUCGCAGCGCGGCCAGCUCCGGGAUCCGGGCGCUGAAGACGCUCCGGGCAUGGGGCUUGGAGAUCGAUGAGGCUCUGUUUCUGGCGGGAGCGCCGAAGGGCCCAAUGCUGGAGAAGAUCCGGCCUCACAUCUACUUCGACGAUCAGAUGUUUCACGUGGAGGGAGCGGCAGAGAUGGGCACCGUCGCUGCCCACGUGCCCUACGGUAUUGCACAGAAACACAACGCCAAACAGAAACCAGGAGUUGGGAAGUAGAUAGCAGGACUUCAGGAUUCCGCUGGAAAUGGAACAAGAGAAGAAGGAUUGAGCGGAGGACAUCUUGAGAGGUCGGAAAGAUGAACUUUGACUGUAUUAUUGUAAGUGGAAAUGUAUCAUUUCCACAUUGUAGGAAUUUUAUUUUAAGUGUCUUUUAUCACUGUGCAAGCUGUUUUAGCGUAUAAUCGUAGUCCAGGUAGCGGUCAAGUAGAGGUCUGGUACCCGAGGUGACAUAUUUAAGUGUUUUGUGUGAACUUGAUUCAUAUGCAGGGCUGCACCUAACUUUUUUGGUCUGGUUCUCGAGAGAUCAGCAGGAGAUGUUGCUUGGUGCCGACACUUUAAAGUGGAACUAUAACCCUACAAGCUCCUGACUGCUGUGUUCAUGUGAUGACCAGAAACGCAAAAUCUGAUUCAGCUGGGAUCACAACAAACAAUGGACGUAAAACGAAACCUAUGAAAAGGAGCUCAUCCCCCAAGGGAAUACUUGGUAAAUAGAUAAAUGGCUGAAAAGCUAGUCUAAUAAUGGAAGAAAGACAAACUGUCUGGGGCCUUCUGCUGUCUCCCAGUUCCACGAAGGCAUGUUCCGUUAAUGUUCCAUUUAUGUGCACCCCUGAAUAUGUCUAAACAGGAUUUUCAAUGGUGCUUGAUUGCCAUGGCAACCUGAAUGUCUUUCUCUCACUGCCGCAUGCAUUCAUGAAGAAGAAGCCUCUUCAGCUGGAGGACACAGAGUGAAUGGAUUCGCUUUUUAGGUAAAGCACAGACCCAACUCUGUCAGUGAACGAGCAAUGAGUACAACACAGAGACACCAUAAGGUGUGAUGGCCAUGAGAGUAACUCACAGUUCAUGUAUAAUUCAUUUCAGAUUGACUUGUUUUAAUGUAUAUUACUGCAGAUAGAGAUAUGAUUUACCAUUGUGUUUGUCCAAAACAAACAUAGCAAGCCAUACAUUUCAGCUGGGGCCGAUACUAUGAAUACCUCAGAUUGUUGUGUACCCAUGGAAAUUAAAACUAGUUGUCAAAUUUUGCCGUUACAGAACAAUGAUCCAUCAACCUUUGGCACAAAUAACUCAAGCAAGAGGGUAUAAUCAUUAAAGUGAUGGGGUAAACUGAGCCCUCUAUUGGUAAAUGGUGCCGCUAUUAAAAAAUGACACAAAAUCAGAUAAUUUUCCACUUUGAUAUUGCCAUAAAUUUAACAAAGGGAUAAAUGUUUACUUAAAGUAAAACCAUAUAUUUGUAUACUGUUGUUCAACACGUUGCUUAAACGUUUUUAGGGAAGGAUUAAACUUUGAUCUUUGUGUGUUAGAAAUAAUGUAUGUGUACAUGUGCUUUUGUGUACAUACAGCAUGUUUGUGCAUGAACAUUGUAACACUUGUAACAGUGAUCGAACAUCCACAUGAACUUGUAACAGUGACAAAUAAGGAGUUAGUGUACGUAUAUGUAUGCAUGUCUAUGUGUGUUUGUGUGUGUGUGUGUGUGUUUGUGUUUAUGUGUGUGUGUACGCAGAGAACAAUAACUGACCAUUGGUUCAAUUUACCCCCUCAUCACUGGCUUGUUUUACCCCACAAACACCAACUUAACAAAACUGUUUCACAGAGCAGCCGAGAUCAACAGUUAUGUUAAGUUCAUAUUCUUGUUUUGUAGCUUAGAUUGAAGUAAAUUCAUAUUUAAUAAUGUCCAAUACAUCUAUAUGAAUUCAUUAUUUUAUUUUUUUCUGCAUUGGUAUAUUUAGCCCUCUCUCAAAGCUGGACUACACUUCCUUAAUUUGUGGUCACAUGAUUCAUUUUUUCAUGGUAACCUAGAUACAGGGGCUGGCUCAUCUUACCCACUGGAUCAACUUCUCCCCUACCUUAACAGCCAUCGGUGAGGCAACCUGGGAAUUCAGGGCCUUGCUCAAAGACACUUCAGCAUACUGUUUGGAAGAGCUGAGGUUUCGAACCUCCGACCCUCUGGUGGACGACCCGCUGUAUCUCCUGAGACACAGUUUCCCAUAACUGUCCAGCGGCAUUUGGCAUGGUUUUACUUGCAUGAAAAAAUUUAAAGAGUUAUGAUCCAUUAAAUGUGCACUAAGCUAUC